AUUGCGUCAUCGUUGUUGAGACAAUUCACCUUGAAUAAACCAACUCAAAUCGAUGCAAGUGACGUGCAAUGGCUUGUCUCAUAUGCAGAUGCCCCUCAAAUGUUACUUCCCAUGCCAACUGGUACGAUGAUAUGCGACGAUGAAUUGGAUUCAGAAGGUCGUGCGAUUCGGUUCAGGGGUUCAUCGGAUUGGGCACCACCACGCAAACAGUGGAUCUUUACAGUUCGCCCUUUCAUUCAUAGGUGA